CACCCAUUCUCAGCUUCUAUUUGGCAUAGUCCAUCCCGCGUUUGUCUCCCUCCCUCGGCCUUCACCGGAGCGCGCGAUGGCGUCCGCCCCCGCGUACAGGGGCGGCGCCACCGCCGCCGAGGACGGCGUCGUUCUUCUCCACGGGGACCUCGUCCUCACCGUCAUCGAGGCCCGUCGCCUCCCCAACAUGGACAUGUUCUCCGAGCACCUCCGCCGCUGCUUCACCUCCUGCGGCCCGCCAUUCUCCAACUACAGCUGCGGAGCCGUACGCCACCAGCAACACCAUCACCACCACCACCACCGCAAGAUCAUCACCAGUGAUCCCUACGUCACUGCCUGCCUCGCAGAGGCCACCGUCGCCCGCACCCGCGUCAUCUCCAACUCCGAGGACCCCAUCUGGAAUGAGCACUUCAAGAUCCCCCUCGCCCACCGCGCCGCCGCUCUCGUGCUGCACGUCAAGGACAACGACGUCUUCGGCGCGCAGCUCAUCGGCACCGUCUCCGUCCCCACCGCACGCAUCGCCUCUGGCAAGAAGAUCCAAGGCUGGUUCCCCAUCCUCGGCGCCAAUGGGAAGCCUUACAAGCGUGACACCGCUCUCCACCUCUCCAUGGAAUUCACCGCCGUUGAGAAGAAGCCAGAGUACCAGCACGGCAUCACUGGGGAUCCGGAGAAGCUUGGGGUGAGGGAUACCUACUUUCCGCUACGGCAAGGGGGGUCUGUCACGCUCUACCAGGACGCCCAUGUGAGGGAAGGUGAGCUACCGGAAGUCAAUCUCGAGAAAGGCGCCAUGUUCAAGCACGAGAAUUGCUGGGAGGAUAUCUGUCAUGCGAUUCUUGAGGCGCAUCAUAUGAUUUAUCUGGUCGGCUGGUCGAUAUACCACAAGGUGAAGCUGGUGAGGGAGCCUACACGUCCGCUGCCAAACGGAGGUGCGCUCACAUUGGGAGAUCUGCUCAAGUACAAGUCGCAGGAGGGUGUGAGAGUGUGCAUGCUGGUUUGGGACGACAAAACAUCCCAUGACAAAUUGUUUCUUAAGACGGGCGGUGUAAUGCAAACUCAUGACGAAGAGACACGGAAGUUUUUCAAGCAUUCCUCUGUUAUUUGUGUGUUAUCACCUCGUUAUGCCAGCAGUAAGCUUAGCAUUGUCAAGCAGCAGGUGGUAGGUACCCUUUUCACACACCAUCAGAAAUGUGUACUGGUUGAUACACAGGCUUCUGGAAAUAAGAGAAAAAUUACUGCUUUUAUUGGAGGCCUAGAUCUUUGUGAUGGCCGCUAUGAUACUCCAGAUCAUAGACUUUUUUGUGAUAUGGACACAGUCUUUUUGAAUGAUAUCCAUAAUCCCACGUUUGCUGCAGGAACUAAAGGCCCAAGACAACCGUGGCAUGAUUUACAUUGCAAAAUUGAAGGCCCUGCUGCUUAUGAUAUCCUAAAGAAUUUUGAGCAGCGCUGGCGAAAGGCAACAAAAUGGCGGGAAUUUAGUCUACGUUUUAGAAAAGCAUCUCGAUGGCAUGAUGAUGCACUAAUACAUCUUGAACGAAUUUCAUGGAUACUUAGUCCUUCACUUUCUGUUCCAGAUGGUGAUCCGAGUCUAUGGGUUUCCCAGGAAGAAGACCCUGAAAACUGGCAUGUUCAGAUCUUUCGAUCUAUAGACUCUGGAUCAGUAAAAGGAUUUCCCAGCAAUGUCCAAGAAUCUCUGAAAAUGAAUCUUGUUUGUCGAAAGAAUCUGGUCAUUGAUAAGAGCAUCCACACAGCAUAUGUGAAGGCAAUCAGAUCUGCUCAACAUUUCAUAUACAUUGAAAAUCAGUAUUUUCUUGGUUCUUCAUUUGCUUGGCCAUCUUAUAAAAACUCAGGUGCUGAUAAUCUAAUACCUGUGGAGUUAGCUCUGAAAAUUGCCAGCAAAAUUAGAGCAAAAGAACGUUUUGCAGUUUAUGUUGUUAUACCAAUGUGGCCUGAAGGAGAUCCAACUUCCAAUGCUGUGCAAGAAAUUCUUUUUUGGCAGGGCCAGACAAUGAAGAUGAUGUAUGAAAUUGUGGCACAGGAGCUUAAAUCCAUGAACCUUGAAAAUGCACAUCCACAAGAUUUCCUUAAUUUCUAUUGUCUUGGCAAUCGUGAAAUAGCACCAAAGGAAAACUUGCAACAGCAAUCUUUAGAUAAAAGCCCAAUGUCACUGUCACAAAAGUUCCGACGGUUCAUGAUAUAUGUUCAUGCAAAAGGGAUGAUUGUAGAUGAUGAGUAUGUGAUGAUUGGUUCAGCCAAUAUUAACCAAAGAUCUUUGGCUGGCUCAAGAGAUACUGAGAUAGCCAUGGGAGCUUAUCAACCUAAUCAUACAUGGACUAAGAACAAAAGACAUCCACAUGGCCAGGUAUAUGGAUAUCGGAUGUCACUGUGGGCAGAGCAUCUAGGCAUGGUAGAUGAUCGCUUCGAGAAGCCUGAUAGCACGGAAUGUGUAAACUUCGUAAAUAGGAUAGCGGAAGAUAACUGGUCAAGAUACACCGCAGACGAAAUAAUACCACUCAAGGGUCACCUACUGAAGUACCCUAUCAAGGUGGAUUCUGAUGGUAAGGUCCGGCCUCUGCCCAACCAUGAGUAUUUUCCCGAUGUUGGUGGUAAGAUUUUGGGAGCACCAACUGCUCUUCCUGAUACACUAACCAUGUAAUUCAUUAUACUCCAUUAUAACCAUCAGAAAGUUAUCCACAAUGAGGUCCUUACAAGAUUGUAUCAUCAGAAAUUUUGUCCUUAUAACAUAAUUGGGGGGGGCG